CGCCCUCUCCAAAGAAAAUAUCCUGCUCUUUUCUUCUCCAGCCAUCGACGGAACUUCAAAGCCGACCACAGAGUUUACAGACAGAGAAUUUCUGUUUUCUUCUGUGGAACGGCGGUGAGGAAAAGCAGCACAAGUAGGCAUGUGAAGGUUUGUGCGGCUAAAACUUUGCGCCAGUAUCGGAACCAUGAUGUGCAGUUGGUAGUCAGAGGUUCACCAUCAGAGCUUCUCAGUUCAUCUGCUUGUUGAAGUGUUUCCAUCAGUUCAGUCAUGGCUCGUGGCUGCAUCUGCUGCGUUAAAUACAUGCUCUUCCUCUUCAACCUGCUCUUUUGGCUGGGUGGGUGCGGGUUGUUGGGUGUGGGUGUGUGGCUGUCGGUAUCCCAGGGCAGCUUUGCCACCCUCUCACCCUCAUUCCCGUCUCUCUCUGCCGCCAACCUGAUCAUCACCCUGGGCACUGUUGUCAUGGUGACAGGUUUCCUGGGUUGCUUGGGUGCCAUAAAGGAGAACAAAUGCCUGCUGCUGAGUUUUUUCAUUGUUCUGUUGGUCAUCCUCCUGGCUGAGCUUAUCCUCCUCAUCCUGUUCUUCGUCUACACAGACAAGGUGAGUGAAAAUGCCAGACAGGACCUGAAAGAGGGGUUGGUGCUCUAUAACACAGAUAAUAACGCAGGCUUGAGGGAUGCAUGGAACACCAUACAGGGAGAGUGGAGGUGUUGUGGAGUGAUGGGUUACACUGACUGGUACACAGCCCUGCAGGUCAAUGUGGUUCCUGAUCGAUGCUGUCAACAUGUUUUCCCAGGCUGUGGCCACAAUUCCUCCAAUUCCUUUUGGACACGGGGUUGCUAUGAGAAGGUAGAGGAAUGGCUGGAUGACAACAAACACCUUCUGGGAACCAUUGCCAUGUGUGUGUUGGUCAUACAGCUGCUUGGCAUGGCUUUCUCCAUGACACUUUAUCAACAAAUCCAUCGAUCAGGAAAGAAGUAUGAAGCUUAAUGGUUACUCUUUAAUAUAUAAAAUAUAUUACAACCAAUCCCACAACACACUGCAUGUGUUUGCCUCACUUUUUGUUUAUGUAUAAAUAUGCCAGAUGCAUACUCAUAGUGUGUGCCACUACUGCCUUAAUCUCAUUUAUUCUCCCAUUUACUGCUGUGAAUAGCAUGUGAAUUAGUUUUUCCUGUGGUUAGCUUAAUUAUCACACGAGUGUUUUUAUGUAAAAUAUGUGAUGAGGAUUGGUCUCUGAAUCAGAAAAGACAAUGGUUGGUUGUCAAAAGCCUGUGGAUCUGUUUCAACAAUCAUUGUGUACUAACAUGUUCAAUAAAAACAGAGCUUUCUUCA